UCCCUCUAUAUCUUACCACCGGUUUCUAAAGCCUGCAGAUCCCCAGACGCAAAACAAAAGCCAAACUUACCUGGCUGUAGAGCCUCCUGUUCAAAAGACACCCCCAUGGUUGCACUAAAGGACUCUGUAGACGAUCUAAUGUCUUAAAAAUUACGAAUCCUCUGGACGAAGACAUUGCUCCUCACCGCAGAGCGUCUUCGCCGUCGUGCGUCUGGCAGCGGCACCCGGCGAGACGAGCCCUUUUCUGCGCGCUGAUUGGUCGCUUGGGAAGGCACCUGAUUGGUCCAAACGAACGGGGAGAGACGCUUGUUUGGACGGCGAGAGAGUUUGUUCAUUGAAUGCUGACCUUUCAACACCUCAAGCAUUAAUGAGUGGUCCAUUAUAACAUUGGAUCAGAAUACUCUCAUUCUUCAUCAGCUGAAGAUAUUAGACAAAAUGAAUGCUGAUGCCAAUAGUCAGGCAAAUCCAGAUUCUGGUGCAGAUCCUCCACAGACAGAAGAAAAAUGGGGGUAUGAUCUUUACCCAGAGCGGCGUGGGCAGAAAUACCAACCAUCCUUGGCCAAGAUAGCCUUACUAGGUGAAGGCAGAGAAAAUAUUGACAAAAUUAAGUGCGAGAGGAAUGUGUGGAAUUGUGCACAGAAAAGUCCCAUUGUUAAGUUGAUGCUUGCUGCUUUGAAGUCGUCUGGUUGUGAGGUUGACCUUUCUCGACAUGUUGCCUGUGAAGUCUGUGAUGUUUCUGUUAGUGGAGGUUACGAUCCAGAGUUGAACCAGGUUGUUGUGUGCCAGAAUGUGGCACGAUCGGAAGGCAUGACCCAGGGUGUCCUCACACACGAGUUCAUCCACAUGUUUGACUACUGUCGCAACAAGCUCGACUUCAAGAACAUAGAACAUCUGGCCUGCACGGAGAUUAGGGCGGCCAACUUGUCUCACUGCUCAUUCCUGUCAGCUGUGGGCCAGGGAGAUGCAUCACCUUUCAAGAUUGCAAAGGCACAUCAGGACUGUGUUAAAACAAAAGCCGCACUAUCAGUAAUGGCUGUGCGGAAGGUGUCAGAGCCAGAAGCUAGAGCGGUUGUCGACAAAGUUUUCGACAAGUGCUACAAUGACCUCGAGCCCAUUGGAAGACGAAUCCGCAGAAAUUCCUUAGACAUGCACAAAGCUUAUAUGGAACGUUUUGCAUAUGGUUACGAUUAGCCAUAGUGGUGUGUACUAAUACAUUUUGUGAUAUUUAAAAUCUCUUUUUGAUUUAUUGUAAACAGCGGUGGUAUUAUAAAGUAGGAUCGUAUGGACCAAUAAGUGUUGUGUUUAUUUAUUCAUUUAUUUCUUUAUAAGAUUUUAAGAUUCAUUUUAAUUAAUUACCAUCUUAUUACUUUUUCAUGAAUUUCUUUUCUAUGGAUGAAAUAUGGUAGCUGGUUAUGUCUCUGUAAAUACAUAUGUAUAAAAAUGUAAAGGUUAUUGAUAUUUGUUAAUAUAACUGAAACAUUUU